UCUCUUCCUUUCUCUCCACAGCGACGGUCUGGUCAUUUUUGUCUUGUCUCUUGUCUAUUGUCUCUUUUUUUCCCGCUUCCUUUCCUUGCCCUCCCGUUGGAUGCUGCCCGUUCCGUCCCACGGCGGGGAUGACAUUCGCCCUUGGUCGGCUGCUCGUAGCCACCCAAUCCACCUUUCCCCUCACUCCCUUCACCCUCCCUCAUCCCUUUUGCUCACCAUGGCGCCGACCGGCCCGGCAGACUGGACUUCCGCGGCCCUGUUCAACUGGAGUCCUGGACGCAGACCCGCAACACAACUUGCAUCCCAUUCAAUCCUGUAUUUGUUGUUAUCUUCACUGGCCGUCGACCUCUCUCGCCUUCCCCGAGAAGCGUGGGGGGCGCCCGGGCAAUAGACUUGGACAGACUGCUCUUGGACCCCAGCCUAUUCUGGCGUCUUUGUCGCCAUCUGACAUCCUUCCGCAAGUAGCCCACUAUCUGCAGUUAGGUAGGUCGGUAGGCCGGUGUUUCUCUCUCGGGGCAGGACUCCGACUGCAAGUGCACCGUCGGGGAUUUGCGCAUGCCUCGUCGCCCGUUCGCCGGCAGCCCAGUGCUAGACUUGGCAACUCCCGGUCUGGCAGCCAGCAACACGCAGCAGUGAGACGGUAUUUUCUCGGGAGCAUGUCUAUUCUCGUUGGCCAACUCCAUUUGUUCUGGGCCAUGAGCAAUCAGCAAGCAAUGGGUCCCGCCAAGCUGUCCAAGCUGCAAGCUAGCACACGGCAUUUUAGUUCCAAGUACUCGGCCCCGCCGCCAUAGGCACACCGAAGGACUACAUCCAGCUCGAUUCUCUCCGAUCGGAGACUAAACCCAGACCUGGACCCAGACCUAGACCCAGAUCCAGUGGUGUAGUGUACUCUAGAUGUCACGGGCAAGCGAGCCCCGUUUCGUUGGGAGCGACGGCCAAUUGGUCGCCAACUCCUGAUUGGUGCAUUAUCACAACGGCAGUCCAUGGGA